CAUUUCAUAAUGGGUUGUUGUUGUGUCGCGUCGUACGCAUUAUAAGCAGCAGUAAUAAACAUUUCUUCUGAAAUAAUUUGAGCGGUGAAAAUUUAUUAACUAAAAAUAGAAAUUGGCAAAAGGGAUUAGUGUCAUUUGAUGUGAAUUACAUUUUUUAAUUGAAGUAUUCAGUUUUUGGCAAAGUUUCAAGUAAAAAAUUCUGGAUCGGAAAAUUUCACCGCUAAAAACGGACGCGUCAGUCGUAUAAGAGAAUCGGAAGCAUAGAAUUUUAUUAAGAUAAAAGAGUGAGAGAAAAAAAACUGAAAUAUGGAUCGGCGUAAGAGAGGAACAGCAACUGCUGUCGAAAAUACGAGAUCAACACGAGCGUCAAGUAAAUCACCGUCGAGACGUUCAUCAAGAAAUCGAUCUCCGGCACGUAAUGCUUCACCAGCACGCACAAAGUCGUCGGCAUCACAACGACGAAGCGGACGAAAUAAACUUACAGACAACGAUACAGCGUCUGAAACUGAUGAUUCAAAAUCCGAAGUAUUGAACAAAGUUAGCAUUCGCGUGUCUCCAUUAAAAUUGGACAAAGAGGGUAUUCAAAAGUUGGUAUCGAAAGGUCGCAAGACGCCAACAUCCAAAGUAGCGAACAUAUCAAGUGAAGGUGAUGACGAAGUGGCCAGUUUAACGGCCAAAUAUUUGAAUAAUAAACAAAAUGCCGAAAAUCCGACACCAUCGGAUUUGAGCGCGAAACGAAGCUACAGUCGUUCGAUCAGCCGCAGUUUAAUUGACGAAGAAUGGAGUCAAUCAGAUGGAUCGGAAAAGAAUGAAGAUCCCAUUUAUGGUGGUCGUAUUACACGCAGCCGCAGUAAAACGCAAAAUGUAUUGUGUCGAGAGCAAAGUCUUGCCAAAGAUGCGGCAGCCGAAUUUGGUGGCAGCAUUGGAGCAACAUUUUACAUCAUUUUACUACCAAUUUUAUGCUUCUCCGUCCAGUAUGUUUGCAGCAGGCCUGAAUGCAACAUUAAAGCCGUACGCCCUGAAAAACUUAAACUUUUUUCAAGCUACUUCACUCUUGAAAGUAGCUACAUCUACAUAGCAUUCGCGUGGCUUGUAUACUUGGUGUCAUUGGUUCCAUAUCUUGGAGUCAAGCGUCAAUUGGCCCAAACAACAUCGUCCAAAGAUAAUGUUGCACCACGGUAUUUCAAUGGAUUUUCAACUGCAGUUGCUAUCGUUGCUGGUUUAUCGAUUGCUGAGUACUAUUUCAAAUAUCCCGUAUUUGCUUUAAUUUACCGGAACUAUCAGCAAUUAUGCUUCGCUGGAUUCGUCUAUGCUUUUGUCACUUCGAUUUGGUGUUUCUUCCGUUCGAAAUACGUUCCAGUCACAUUAUGGAAUCCAUUUGCAAAAUCUGGUCGCUUGGUUAGCGAUCUGUUCAUUGGUCGUGAAGUCACUCCACGCUGGUUGAACGUGCUCGACGUCAAAUUGCUUCAUCGUCGCAUUGCUCUUAUCUCAGCGUUGAUCUUUAAUUUGAUUUUCCUCAGCCGAAAUAUCAAAUUUGUUUCAGUUCCAUCCAUCGAAGCACCAUUAACUAACCUCGAAAUUGUCGCUCAAUUCCUUCAAAGCUUUAAAUUCGAUGCAGUAUCGGCUACUGUUUCUCUAUUGACCAUUGCUAAUAUUCUCGAUGCACUUGUGUUCGAAUAUCAAUUGAUCAGCUCAUAUGAAUUGCAAAGUGAAGGUUGUGGCGCUCAAUUUUUACUGCAUUACGCUGGUUUUCCUGUAUGGACAUCAUUAUUCGCUAAAUACGCUUUGCAACAUAAGAUUACCGGAGUUCCAAACUGGCUUUUGGUUUUGAUUAGCAUCGUUUAUCUUGCUGGGUUGAUUUUCAAACGACUUGCCAAUGAAUUGAAAUACCAUUACCGUGUCUACCCAAGCAGCACCCGUUCAUCAAACUUGAAAACAUUGCCAACAUUCCAAGGACAUCGCCUUUUGAUCGCCAGAUAUUGGUCAUACAUUCGUCAUCCCAACUUAUUGGGCGAUAUUAUUUCGGUCAUUUCAUUGCUACCGUUGCUGUAUUUCCGAUUUGCCUGGUCACCGCUUGUUGUCGCUUUCUACUGGAUUGCGGUGUAUGUUCACCGAGCAAGUCGUAUCGAUAAUCGUAUGGCACAAUACUACAACUCAGCCUGGACACGGUACCGUGCCACAGUACCUAAUUCAUUCAUUCCCCGUGUUUAUUAGAUAGUGAGAUUCAAUGCAAUUGUCCAAAAAUAUCACAUUUAUUUCAUUUUUCUUUUUCAUCUAAACACACAUUAAGCGAAAACUAACAAGAGGAGAACUAUAACACUCUUGUUAUAGAAAUAUACAAACACAAAAGCACAAUACUUUUUCAUAAAAAAAACAAGAAAAAUAGCAUACAAAAAAAAAUCAAAAAAUAAUAUUAAAAAACAAGACAAAAAACAAAACCAUUUCAUGUAGAAUAAUAAUCGCGAAGACUUCACCUUUUUUAUAUAACAAUUUACAUUUUUAUAAAUUGUGUUCAUAUUCACAAAAUCGUAAUUUUAAUUGGCGACACUGUGUAAUAACACCGUGAAAUUUGACAAAAUGUAAAAAAGCGAUAAAUUGUAAGAGAUUUUUCAUUUAUAUUUAGACAUUCGAAACGAUCCGAUUUUUUUUUGAAAAUCAAAUUGUUUGAUUUAACACUUUAAAAUGACAUUGGAACAAUCGAACGAAAUUGUAAUAGUUUCGGUUUAUUGUAAAAGUACAAAAUGUGUAAUAGGAUUUUUAUAAGAGUUUUUUUUUCAUAAAACUGUCAUGAUUUUUUUUUUCAUUUCUCGAAAAUAACUUAGAAUACGUAUUGACUGCCCUCAUUGAUUAAUUUAAAGAAAAAAUUCAAUUGAAUUUCCACCGCUGAUUCGCAAUCGGAUCGAUUUACAUAGUAGAGAUUCGGAUGAGAUUUUCCAAAAAAAUAACAUCCUUUUUUUUAAACAAAAAAAAUAUUUUUUUUCCACUCUUUCUUUUGUAUAAUUUUUCUUCAACAUAGAUUUGGUUUCAAAGUGUCUAAACAAGUGAAAUUUUUGGAGAAAAAUAAAAAGAGUCAUAGAAAAUCAAAUCACGGAUCUAGAGUAGAAUAAAAUGAUUAAAUGAAUUUAAAAAAAAUAUAUAUUAGUAUAAAAACAAAUGAAUCCAAAUGAAGUCAAUUGAAUUGUGUUUGAAAAUUAACAAUCACAUGUAAAAAAAAGAUAGUGACUUUUAGUACAUAGAUGCACUUUCUCAAUCAAUUUGCAAUUCAACUCAAAUAGUUUUAAUUUGUAUUCAGUAGAUUCUUUGAUUUUUGUCAAUUAUUUUUUAAUAAAGAGAAUUCAAGGGAGAAAUA